UCUGAGCGUACCGGAGAUCACUGCUGCUGUGAUGAAGAGGAUGCGACUGUCCUGUAGCGGAUCGCCUCCAACACCGGACCGUUGAAGUCUCCCCUCUUUUCUCUUCGGAUCUUUAGAGACCAAGACAAGCUCCACAAAUCUCCUCCGAAGACUAGAAGACAUCCAGACUGCUAUAGUCUAUAUAGCCUUGGCAUAAUGGGGGGGUCACUUUGGAUUUCCCAUGGUGCUACUGAAGCCAUGUUCAGAGGAAGGAGCUUUCUCGCAGUUCUACCUCUGGCUUUGUUGUUGCCAACAGUCAGAGUCGGUGCCCAGUUGAUAGGAAGCCCUCUGGACUGUCACAAGACGUGUGUGUGUGCCAGCAACAUCAUCAGCUGCUCCAACAUAAAUCUAACCAACGUUCCCAUCACUCUUCCACAAUAUACAGCUGUGCUGGACCUCAGCUUCAACACCAUCACCAAGCUACGUGCUGAGUGGACCCCUGUCCCACUCAAGAGACUCCACCGCCUGCUUCUCAGCCACAAUGGCCUCACCUUCCUCUCCUCUGAGGCCUUUGUGAAUGUGAAAGCGCUUCAACAUCUGGACCUUUCCUCCAAUGGAAUCCGCCAGCUGGACGAGUUCAUCUUUGAGCCUCUUGAGCACCUUGAGGUGUUGCUGCUUUACAGCAACCGCAUCUCUCAGAUAGAUCGCUCUGCCUUCUCCGGUCUCAACAGCCUGCAGAGGCUCUACCUGAGCCACAACCAGAUCUCACGCUUCCCCUUGGAGCUGGUGAAGGAGAGGAGCCGCCUGGACACUCUGAGGCUGCUGGAUGUGUCAUCUAAUCGACUCAAAGCCCUGCCCCUCAAUGAACUUCAGGCUCUGCCCGCCUGGAUCAAGAAUGGCCUGUACUUUCACAACAACUCCCUGCCCUGCAGCUGCGAGGUGCAUGAAGUGGUAACACGCUGGUACCUCAAGGAGCUCAGCUCUGCCACAGACUUCAGGGGAAGCCACACGUGUCUGUUACCAGGUCAGCAGAAAGAGAAAAUUGCCAUAAUGGAUCUGAACAAGGUGUAUUUGAACUGCACUGAGGUCAUCGGUAUGGACAGAAUAGCCCACUUGGAGCAGUCUCUAGUCCUGGACUGUGACACCAGGGAGAGGGACAUGACGAAGCGAUGGGUGCUACCUGGAAACAUCCCGGUGUCUCCAGCAUUCAAGACUGCUGUGAUGCGUCCUAAAGAUGGCAGUCUCCAGAUUGGGCCCCUGAAAGCGGAGGACUCUGGGGUGUACACCUGCUAUGCCACCAGUGAAUCCUUCAAUGAGACAGUGUAUGUAACUGUAAUGGUGUUAAAUUCCACUGAUAGUGGGGGGCUGGAGAACCUAAAAACAGCCUACACCACCCUCAUAGGAUGUCUGGUGAGUUUAGUUAUGGUUCUCAUCUACCUCUAUCUCCCGCCAUGCCGCUGCGCUUGUUGUCAGGGUCUAGAGAAGAGCGACCUCAGAGACAGCCUCCACUCUUCAACUGUGAGCAUCUCUCACGCACAUGAGGAGACGGGGCAAGUGGAAGUUGGAGGCUUUGUCAACAAACAUGGCGCCUUUCUGCAGCCCAAGGACCAGCUGGAGCAGAAUGGGAGGUUGAACCCAAUAGGGGAGGAAGAGGAGGAGUGGCAGGGGGACAACAGGGAGAGAAGGAGGUCUGACGCGGAGUCUGUCAGCUCCGUGUGCUCCGACACCCCCAUGGUGGUGUAAAAGUCAGAGGCAUCGCCGGAGGGUAAGACAUGAUGUUUCAACCCUUGUGGCUGCUACAUAGAAAUCCUUUUUUUGAACGUGUGCAAGAUUCACAAGUUAAAGCUUUAGUUGUCUUUCACGGCUUAUGGCGUGUACUGUUGAUAAUAAACACAAACGGUCAGAGCAAUGUUUUGAUUAAAACUAACAAUUUCGAAAAGCCACGAAACAUUCUGAUAAUGCAGAGAAAUGUGGUUAAAAUCAUUUGUGACCUAAAAUAUUUUGAUUGUUGUUGUUGCUCAACCUAAAUUGUCAUUCAAAAAAUACAACUAAUGCUCUUAAUAUUUGCAAUAGAGUCACUUUUACGGCAAAUCAUUGGCUGGCCCUGCAAUAAAUUGCUCUUCAAGUAGGACUAUAACAGUUUAAAAUGUGUUAGAAAUAUAUAUAUCUUAUUAGAAAUAAGAAAUAUACAAAUCCUAACUAAUUACAAGAGAAAACAAACAGCAUAAAAACAGCUUGCUACUACUUAAACUGACGCUGUGCUUUGAAUAAAAGUUAUACAGCUUCUUUAUGCACUGGGGAUCAUAACACUAAAAAGAUUUAUGCUUGAAAGAGAAGCUAUUUUUAUGCAGAGUUUGCAGAGCUCACCUAAUUAGCGCUGCAAGAUGUUUAAACUCUAUGCUGUGUUUUACAUUCCUGUUUCGUUUUGUCUGACUUUACGGGACAUCAUACUGUAAGGAAUACUCUUAUGCAAUGUUAUCUAUCAAUAUCAUUUAUGAUUUGAGUGUGAUUCAAUUAAUAAUAUGUGUUGGCAUUAACUGAGCUUCUGUUGAGGUGCUUUUUAAAUAAGUCUUUGUUUUCACGUCUAUUUUCAGCCAUUUUAGAUUCAGAAUCAUUAACCGAGCCUCUUGUGAGACAUCGUUUACUUUUACUUGAAUUCUCUUUAUUCAGAAAUCCUAUGUGGAUCCAAUUUGAAUUGUUUCUCCAUAACAAGAAAAAUCCUCAUAACAAAAAAUCACUAUUAACAGACACAUGUACCCAGUAAUCUAGUUGCAUGGUCCUUUCCAGGGGACACUGCACACAAUCUGGACCAAAGAAUGUUUCAUAUGAAAGAGUUCCAGAUAGUACACAAAGAUUAGGAUUUCCUUUCUGCAACAUGUCUGCAUAUUCUAACCAUUUUAGGCUGAAUUUGCAUUCAAGGCAUUUUUAAAGAGAUCUUAUGAACAAUUAAUUAGAGCUGUGGGGUCUGCAGAUAUUCACAGUUGAAAGCUGUCCACUGUCAGUAAGAAAAGCGUAAUCAUGUUCAAAAUGCUUUAGUGUCAGUUCUAGUUUAGAAUGGAUACAUUAAAAGAAACACAAAUAACCCUUCUUUCAGACUGCUGACAUCAAUGUACAUCCUGUCACACUGGACCGUUAAUAGCAGCCGGGAAGCAUCACCCAAGGGAAACAACUGAGAGCGAGUCCCAUCUAGUGAACGCUUUACUGCCCAACCCUCAACAAAUCAGCAAAUGCCAGCCAGCCGGCCACCAGUCUCAUAAACACAGUCAGAAAUAGCAACUAGAAGUGCAGCCAGCACGCCUCCUGACGCAGAUGCACUGUAAAUGAAAGGUAGCGGUUUUCAAACACGACUUCUUUCAGUUACAUCGCUGAAUACCUUCACGGUGAUGAUUUUAGAUGGUCACAUCAUAACUAGACCGGACAAAAAGCUGUUAAUAUAAAACAAGAAAUAAAAGGACCUCCGAAGAGAUAAUGUUUUCACCAAUUUACAGCCACUCUGGCUCGGGAUUAUGGUCACACAGUUUAAAGUAGCACGGCUAAUAAUACAAUAAAAUCAUAAUUAUUCAUGCUAAUAGAAUAAUAACAAAACACAGCAAUCCUAGAUGAUGUAGCAAUGUACUGUAAAUGUACUUUUAUUUUGAAGGAACAGUUGCUCUUAUCCUGUCACUUCUCACGGUGCUUUUUCAAGACAAUGUAGGUGAAUCAACACUGUCAUUAUAAUUGUGACUGAAAACCAUCAUAGCAGCGUGGUCUAAUAAUAUUAUAUGAUGUAGCUACAUUGUGAGGAACUUAAUUGACUUAUGUCCCUCAGAAGGGGCACACUGCUACUGGAGGCAUGUACAUAUUUCCGUUGUCUCUGAAAGGUAUUUAUCACCAAAGAAUGUCAUAGUUUGAGAAUGAAUAAUCUAUUUGUUUAGUGUUAAGUCGGAACAGUUGUAUUGUUAUUAGUAUGUUCAUGUUACUACUGUAUUUAUUUAGGUCACACACUUGUAUUUUAAUAUAUGCAAUCCGGUAUAAGGACUUAUUGUAUGUUAUUAUUUGCUGUAAUAUAUCUUGUAUAUUAUUGUUCCG